AGUGGAGGGUUAAUCAUUGCCCUAAUUAGUUAAUAAUUGCAUUCCCUACAACAUUUUUUUUUGUUUUAGUUCCUGUCUAACUGACCUCUAACUUUUCUCUGUGGACGCUGAGCAAAUGGUGACUGCCGAGGAAUGCAAGCAGAAAAUUGGUGGCAGGAUCAGCAGAUCAGGGCUCUUCUGAAGCCGUAGAACAAGCUCCACAAGCAGAAAACGCAUUUGGAUGCAGGCUGUGAAACAGCAGGUAGAUUCAGGUCCACUAAGUCUGAUGGCAACAUUGACUCCUGUGGUUACUACAACUUUCACACCCACACUGGAGUGGUGCUGGGAAUGCCAGCAUGGCCUGGGGAAUGAGAAGGUUUCCUCCACCUCCUCCGUCGGCCUUCGACUUCAGCAAUCGGUUCGAAGCCCUUAGUUCUCCACCUGCCUCAGCUCCUUGGACAACAACUCAGGGUGAUGUUCUAGUGAUGAGAGACUCCACCAUCUCAUCCCAUCAAAGUCCUCAGAACAUUUCAGAUUAAUUCUAGACACAGUGAAGAAGAGGACGGAGGCCAGGAUCAUCAUUUCUGGACAUCUGCCCACCUACAAGAGAGGAAGUCAGGUGUUCAGCAGACUCUACACGCUCCACCGUUGGCUCCAAGGCUGGCGCGAUACCACGGCGUCAGCUAUGAACGAUAUGGAUGCAGAACAUAAUACUACUGAUCUGUGAGUCGGACAGCACAGAUGAGACUCAAUUUCUCAACAAUCCUGAGAAAAUGCCAUGGCUGGAGUAUCCGUCAGAACACUCGGAUUAUUCCUCUCAAGCAUCUCCGCGAUUCUUUGUCUCGCACCUCACGCCCGCGCUCAUGCCACCUGGACUCAAGGACAAAAAGGCAAAGAUCGUUUACGUGGCCAGAAACCCAAAAGAUGUUGCAGUGUCUUUUUUCCACUUCUCCCACGUGUUGACCAAGGUUGGGACCCCCAAGCACUUUGAAGAGUUUCUGCAGCAGUACCUCGCUGGAGACGUUUAUGGAUCAUUGUGGUUUGAUCACAUCCGUGAGUGGCACACGCACAGAGAUGAGUACAACAUCCUGUUCCUGACUUAUGAGGACAUGAUCAUGGAUCUGAGGUCGGCAGUGGAGAAGACUUCUCGCUUUUUGGGACGAGAUCUGGACGAAGCUGCGAUCUCUCGUGUUGUGGAGAAAGCCACCUUUAAAAAUAUGAGGAAGGACCCCAAAGCAAACUAUGAGUUCCUUCCUACUGAAAUUCUACAGGGCAAAUUCAUGCGCAAAGGUACAGUAGGAGACUGGAAAAACACCUUCACUGUGGCCCAGAAUGAGAUGUUUGACCGUAUCUAUCAGGAAAAAAUGAAGGAUCUUCCAUUAAAGUUCAUAUGGGACAUAAAUUAAAGCCCUAAUAAAAACCAAAUUGUGUAAUGAAUGCACUGCACUAUACUGUGUAUUCAUUACGCUACGCAAUGAAUGAUUUUAUUUAGCUCGAUUUUAUGCUUUGAACAGAAACCUGGUUAAAUGAAUGUAGUGAUGUAACUUUAAUUUUAUAACUUCUUACAUGCUGGCAAGAGAGGUGGAGGUAUAGCUGGUCUAAUUGAUGAUUCUUUCCAAUGCAACCAGUCAUCAUCAUCAUCAUCUGGACAGGAUGUCAGAUUAUUACUGUGUCCUCUUUGAAAUGCGGACCUAGAUAUCAAUGUGUAUUUAUAUAUUGUGUUAUGGAUGAAAAAACACUAUGGGGGAAUGCUACUGUAGUUCAGCUCUAAAAGUGAGACUGUAAGAAGAAGACUGAACAUAGAUGGUAUAAAACCAAGCUUCAGAUCCACAAAGAAAUCUUCAAAGAUAGGCUGCAUGAUUACAACACAUUAAUGUGCAAAGCUAGAUAAUCCUUCUUCUCCAGCAUUAUCAACAAUAACAUUAACAAUAGCAAAAUGCUCUUUGCGAUGGUUGACAAACCAAGUCACCCAUAUAUGGCCCCUGAAUUAGUGCCAACUGAGAGAUGUAAGUUUGCAUACAUUAUAAUCCCCAACAUCACUAGUAUGUCUAUAUCCACCAAUCAAACCAAGCAAAGACCACACACAUGUUAGGUUUUUUACCAAAAUGUUAAAAACUGCAGUUGUGAAGCCUCUUUAAAAAGAAAAAUCUGUAAAUAUGUAUUAAUCAUAGAUCUAUUUCAAAUCUGCCUUUCAUUGGAAAAAAUCAAUGAGAGGCUCAUCUUCAAGCAACUUACUGGUUUACUUGUUAGUACUGAGAUAGCUCUAAUUAAGGUUAUCAAUGACAUUCAUUUAAAAUUCAGACUUUGGAAAAAUAUCUGUUCUACUGCAGCUCAACCUCAGUGCUGCUGUUGAUACCAUUGACCAAAAAAUUUGUAUAGAUGGACUUGAGAACUGGUUUUGACAAGAACUGUCCUAAAAUGGUUCAGUUUAUACCGGCAAGGAAGGAACUACUUUGUCAAAAUGGAAAAUAAUGUCUCUGAGAGUGUGCCCAGUGACCUGUGGUGUCCCCCAGGGUUUGAUUCUUGGGCCACUCUUAUUGUAUUUAUACAUGCUUCCUCUACAAGACUGUUGACUAUCUUAACACAACUAUGUAGAUGCCACUCAGAUCUACUUGGCCCUCUCCCCAAACAGCUAUGGUUCCCUUGACUCACUUUGUUAAUGCCUUGAGCUCAUUAAUAACUGGAUGGGACACAUUUUCUGCAGUUGAAUAAAGUUAAAACAGAUUAUUUUAUUGGGGAAUAGCAAACAGAAAUACAGACCAGCUGCCUACCUGGACUUGCACCAAACCUUGGUGUACUAAUGGAUCUCUGUUUUAUCAGUCAUGUCAAAGCAGUUAGCCCUCUAUUGCAUGAAUUAUUACUUAAACAUGAUAAAAAUGUUAUGAUAACACAUUACAGCUAUGAGAAAAUGACUGAAAUUACAAAAUAUCAAUAAUGUUUUUUUUUUUCCUUUUAAAUGUAAUCAAAAGUUGUAACAAUAGUCUCAGAGUAGCCUAGGGCUAUGUGAGUCAAUUACAGUUCAAUAGAUUGAAUGCACACAGAUCCCUUCCAUACAUAUCGUUGCCAUAUGGAAACAAAUUUAUUUCAUCAUUUUACAAAAACAUGCAUCACAUCCAAAUUGGUUUAAUGAUGAAAAUUAAAAUUGUAUUUACCCCAGAUAGUAUUUAAUUUUAAAGACAUUUAGCCUAAAUGUUGAACAAGUCAACAUUGUCAACAUUGGGAGCCCUCAGGUCAUGACCUUCUCAGAUUCAAGUGUCCAUGGGAAAAGUGAGUGCAAACAGGAUUUCCUGGUCAUGUUUUGUCAUCAAGUAUUUGUCCUCUCAAAGUAAAAGACCUUUUUUUUCCAAAAUUAAAGUAAAACAAGGAUUUUAUAUUACUGCCUUUUAGUAAAAUUGAGAUAAAGUCACUGUUGCCAUAUGGCAACAGCAUGCAAUAGAGUUACUAAAUCAGCGUUUUAUCACCUUAAGAACAUCAACAGUAUCAGAGAUUAUCAGACAAAAGCAGACCUGGAGAAACUUAUCCAUGCCUUUAUUUCUAGCAGGGUUGAUCACUGUAAUGGUCUUCUAACUGGACUCCUGAAGAAAAAGACAAACAGCUUCAGCUGAUUCAAACUGCAGCUGCCAGAGUCUCACUAGGAGUAAAAGAAGGAGGGCAUCACCCCCAUUCUUAAAUCUUUACAUUGCCUACCAGUCUGUUACUUUAAGGGUGCUGUUACUGCUCUAUAAAUGUCUUAAUGGUGCAGGAUCAGCGUAUUCAUCUGAUCUACUGCAGCGAUAUGAGCCGAGCAGAACUCUCAGAUCAUUAGGAACUAGAAGGAACUUCUAUUAGAGAAGUGCAAUAGAGCUAACAGUGUUUUAAACUGAGCUGAAAGCUGCUCAAACAGAAGCGUUUAGCUGCUAUGCUGCUAUUACAUGGAACAGGUUGACAGGGAGCAUUAGAAGAGCCCCAGCAAUAGACAGUUUUAAAUAAAAAAAAUGAAUGAAUAAAUGUAUUCUUUAUGUCUUCUCUUUUAAAUCUAUGGUUUAUAAUCAUGUUUUAAUCUUGUUUGUAUUUGAUAUUCUCCUACAUCUUUUUUAAUUUUUAAUUUGAAUUAUCUUUGUAUUUCCUCAUUUGUAAAGCACUUUGACACCAAUGUAUGAAAGGUGCUGUAUAGAUAAACUUGCCUUGCAUUACUGUGAUGACGUUUAGAAAUUAAAGGAAUACUCAUGAGAAUUUCAACCUAA